AUGUCAGAAUCGUGUGAGCAUCCAUCUUGUACUCGUACUGCCUUGCAAAAAUGCUCGAAUCAUUGCCAAUUGGACCUAUGUGAAGAACAUUUCACUGAACAUAGGAAUCUGUUUCUUGUUCAAUAUGAAAAAUCGUUUAGUCACAUUGGAAAAUCAUUCACCGAAUUGAUCAAGUUGAUCGACGAACAAAAGGCCAACUUAAAUUCAAAUUAUCAAAAACAACGUGACUUAAUCGAUGAAAAUUACCGAACAAAACGAGUUGAAACCGACGAAAAAUCUCGACUGGUACAGUCUGUGCAAAAACUAAUCGAAACUAAAGUUCAAUUAUUAACCGAUAUGAAACAUGAUAAGGCCAUGGUAAAUCAACAUGAUAUCGAACAAAUGAAGUUGUAUUUACGUAAACUUCGACAAUAUCCUCUAAAAGAAGAAGUUAUUGUUAAAAAGAUUGAAAGGGCGUCAACCAAUUUGAAUGUCGAUCAAAGAGAACGCAUGGAAGAUGAAGAUGAUGACGAGGAGGGCAAUGGUGACGACGACGACGACGACGACAACGAUGAUGAUGAUGAUGAUGAUGAUGAUGAUGAUGAUGAUUUUGGCCCUUCGCAAAAAAAGCCGAGGAACGAAUCGGUUAAAACGAUAUUGUACCAUGAUUUUUGUCCUUUGACUCAACUUGGUGUAUUUGGAUUCGAAGAAAAGCACGGCGUUCGUCUGUGUUCAACAGAGAAGAACCGCGGUGAUCGACAAUUACUUGCGCAUUUACAGAACUAUCAUCAUCUAACAGCAUCAAUAGCCUACCGAUUAACAAAAGCUGUUCGCCAUGGUUUAAAUCCACGAACAACACGCAUUUUCUCAUCCGAACACAAGUUAUCCGAUAUACGCUGUGAAUUAAUGGAAUGCCCGUUGAAAACGAUGAAAGUCGCUAACUGUAAAAGUAAACUUUAUCAAACGGGAUUGAAACAGCAUCUAAUCAAUGUUCAUCAAUUAACAUUAAAAACAACGAGUAAAAUUCUUCAGGCAGUGAAAGCCGAUGAAGGUCUAACCCAUCUUGAACUGGAUAAAGAUGAAUUGAAAUGA